AUGUCACAACCGACACCAAUGGUGCAGCCGUUGUUGAUGCAAUUCCAGCAACUGUUUUUCUUAUCAAAAUUGGUGGGCGUAUUGCCACAGGAUUUAGACAAGUUUCGAUUUAAAAAUGUUUUGGAAAAGUCCCGCAAUGGCAUGGUCUAUAUGCUGGGCAUCUUGAUGUUUUAUAUGGUGCUUUAUAAUCUGCUAAUUUACUCCUUUGGAGAAGAGGAUCGCUCGCUCAAAGCAACUCAAAGCACCUUGACAUUUGUUAUUGGCCUAUUUUUGACCUAUAUUGGGCUUAUUAUGAUGGUCACGGAUCAAGUGACAGCGCUCUUUAAUCAAGGACGACUGGGCGACCUGUACGAGCGCAUACGCGUAGUUGAUGAACGUCUGUACCGUGAGCAGUGCCUGGUGGACAACAGCAGUAUAGCAAAGCGAAUUCGUAUAAUGCUUCUUAUGACAUUUGUGUUUGAGCUUUUCAUUCUGUUAAGCACAUACAUUAUGCUCGUUGAUUAUACGCAGUGGCUAUCCGUCUUGUGGGUUGUCUCGGCAAUUCCCACUUUUAUCAAUACUUUGGACAAAAUUUGGUUUGCCGUGUCGCUAUAUGCACUGAAAGAACGUUUUGAAGCCAUUAAUGCUACUUUGGAAGAUCUCGUAGCAGAACACGAAAAGUUCCUGACCUGGUUAAAUGGGGUCGAUCCCAAUGAUCCCAUUGAGGAUCGCGCAGCAGAUGAUUCUGAGUCCCAGCCGCCACAGUACGACAGCAAUCUGGAGUACUUAUACAAGGAGCUAGGUGGUAUCGACGUGGGCUCACUGAGGGGUUCAGGUAGCAAAGGCAAGAACAAGGUUUCCCCAAUCGCCCACUCGCUGAACUCAUUUGGAGAAUCGAUUCAAUCGCCUCGAAAGCUGCUACAGUCGAAUACAACUCCAAUGAUAAACAUGGCUCAUGAAAGCGAGUUAAGCAAUGCGACCAAAGUCGAGGAAAAGCUGAACAAUCUGUGUCAAGUGCACGACGAGAUCUGUGAGAUAGGCAAGGCAAUGAAUGGGCUAUGGAGCUAUCCAAUUCUUUCACUAAUGGCCUACGGCUUCUUGAUAUUUACGGCUCAACUGUAUUUUCUGUACUGUGCCACCCGGGCACAAUCGAUACCCUCGUUAUUUCGCUCCGCAAAGAAUCCCUUUAUUACAGUCAUCGUGCUCGUCUACACAUCGGGAAAAUGCAUUUAUCUAAUUUAUUUGAGCUGGAAAACCUCGUUGGCCUCUAAGCGGACUGGCAUCAGUUUGCAUAAAUGUGGAGUCGUGGCUGAUGACAAUUUGCUGUACGAGAUUGUGAAUCACUUGUCGCUAAAGUUGCUAAAUCAUUCCGUGGACUUUUCGGCCUGUGGUUUCUUCACGCUGGACAUGGAAACGUUAUAUGGUGUUAGCGGCGGCAUCACUAGCUAUCUUAUUAUUCUUAUACAAUUCAACUUGGCUGCACAGCAGGCCAAGGAUGCAAUCAACUCUUUUAAUAGCUUUAACGACACCGCUGGAUUAGUGGGAGCUGCCACCGAAUUUGGCAAUGAAAGCUCCUCACUAUUCGAUCUGGUUACUACUACAAUGAUGACGCCCUUGAAUUAG